AUGUCGUCCGGCAGUUACCGCCACCGCCUUCCGGGGUCGAGGCCCGCGCUCCGCUAUGCGCCGCCGCCGCGGGUCCGUCCUACACCCCGUGUUACCUGGGCUACUCCUACAACUACAACAAGACCUUCACCACCACCUCCACCAUCCCGACAACCACCAUCCUCAUCCGCAUCGCAGACCUCAACCCCGCGCGCUGCUGCUCAAGCGCACCCUCCAACCCGGACGGUCUCGUCCGGUCCACCCCGCCACCGCAGCACAGGCCAUGUGUCGAGUAAACUCGCCCCUCCUUGGCCCUGGAACCCCGAAGAAACAGACCUAAUUCACGCCGGAUAUCGACCCGCCUACCCUCCUCCCCCCCUCAAACCCGACGCAGCAACCGAACCAGCAGGAGCAUCCGCAUCACCAACACCCACAAUCACAGCCACCACCAAACCCAAACUCAAAUCCAGAGCCACUACCCCCACCCCCAAGAAAAUGGCCGAACCUCGAGCACGUGCCGCCCGGCACAAAGGGCAGAUGAACUUCGCCUCGGAGCUCCGGCUCCUCCUCCUCGCCUACGGCGACCCAAGCCCCCACCCCUCGUUCCCCUCCGAACCCCUCCCGGAGACCGUCCGCGUCCUCGACGAGAUCGUCACCGACUUCGUGCUGGAGAUGUGCCACGGCGCCGCGCAGUACGCGAGCUACUCGCGCCGCCAGAAGAUCAAGGUGGACGACUUCCGGUUCGCGCUGCGCCGGGACCCCAACAAGCUGGGCCGCGUGCAGGAGCUGCUGCGCAUGGAGCGCGAACUGAAGGAGGCGCGGAAGGCGUUCGAUCAGAAUGAUGAUCAGGUCGGGAAUCUUAAGGAUGCCGCGGCGGCGGCCGCGGCCAAGAAAGGUGCUGGUGGUGCUGGUGGUGGUGGUGCUGCUGCUGCCGCCGGGGACGAGGAUUUCGGGGCCGCGGAGAGUGUGGAUGGGAGGAAGAGUAAAGGGAAAGGGAAGAGGAGUGCUGCCGCCAGGAGGGAUUCGGAUGUUACCGAGGAGGGCAGUGUGACGGCUGGGAUGGCGAAGAAGAGGAAGGUGGGUGGUGGUUGAGUUUAUUGAUCUGGUUGCAUUCUUUUCUUGGCUGGCUAUGUUGUUGUCACAUGGCGUUCUUGGGGUUUCUUUUUUACUUUUGCCCUUAUAUUGGAGGGCGGGGCUGGCUACUGGGAUUGCAUUGUGCCUCGGGUGUAUUUAUAUAAAGUGAUAUCCCAUUAUUCAUUUGUCAUUGACAGGGGAACGUUGAUGAUAACAAAUCAG